AUGUCGCAAGCCCAACCAUCGACCCCGAACGAUUCACCUGAACGGCGUGCUGUAAAACGAGCUCGUAUGGAUUCAAAACCAGGAGACGACGACCAAACGUCAUUGAAUACCUCAAACAAGGGAAACAACUCGGACAGAUUCUGGUUUGACGAUGGGAAUGUUGUGCUCCUUGUCGAAGGCACUCUAUUUCGGGUGCAUCGCGGCGUACUCGCACGACACUCGCCAGUAUUUCGCGAUAUGUUUAAGCUCCCGCAACCGCCGCUCAGCCAGGAGGAUAUGGUCGAUGGAUGUCCCACUGUUGAAUUUCAUGGCGAUAGAAAAGAAGAUUGGGUUAAUGUUUUCACUCUGAUCUAUGAUCAUGAAACGAGCUAUAAAAACAAAGACAACUUCAACCUACCUGUGCUUACGUCCAUGCUUCGAUUAGGACGCAAGUAUCAAAUAGAGAUUAUCUAUAAAGCUGCCAUUUCUCGCUUGAGAGCUAUUGUGCCAACGACAUUCCAGGAGAUGACGAAGAACAAAUCAAGCCCUCAUCCUCUCCUGAAGGCGGAUGAUACUUUAUUCAGCCUUCUUUCUGUGGUCUUAGAACUCGGAAUUCAAAGGUUCAUGCCUAUGCUCUUCUAUUAUUGUAUAAGCGAGUAUAGUUUGGAACAAAUUAUCAAACGGCAUUCGGGCCCAAAUUCUGAACUACCAUAUGACUGUAUUGCAAAGUUGGUCCUUGGAAGGGAGGACCUCAUGUCUUCCAUCAACAAGAAUCAUCUUGCGUGGGCUCUAGCCGCGGACGUCACAGCUGGUGGAAAGUGCAAAAGCAUGAAUGUGCACUACUACGGAACCUCGAACCCGUGCAAUCUCUUCAGAGCAAAUGCUGCUACAGCCAUCGUUAUCAAAUCUGUCACCCCGGACGUCCGUCUUGCACUUAUGCCUGGUAAUGCUGAUUACCUACGUUUGUUUGAUUCAACGGAUGGGCAAGCAGCUAAUCGCAAUAAUCAAGUCAAGCCUUGUGAGGAAUGUGCAAAAGAAAUAAUAAGGCUUCAAAACGCGUAUCGGAGCCGGGUAUGGGACAACCUUCCGGCCUUCUUCCGGCUUCCGAAGUGGGAAUCCUUGGAGGCAUUGUAA